AUGAGUGCGCAGCCUAAACACCCACCAGGAAACGGCCACUUUGGGCCAAUUGAACAGAGCACAGAGCUGGUCCUCCACUGUCAAUCACAGGCCUCCUACCUUCCUCUUUCCCCAUCACUGCUCACCCAAACUCUGCUGCUGAUCCUGGGUCUAGACCUCCAUCAAACUCUGCACUCCCACGGAAAUGGGGCGCUGUCCUCGCUGCAGCAGCUGGAACUCGGCUGUUCACAUCUGCAGCAGCUGUUUCACCUGACUCAACAGCAGCGCUUCGACCACGAGCCGCUCGAACUCCGCGGGAGGACCAUCCAUCUGGACCCCAACUCCUACAAUCCCGCGGGACCGACCCCAGAUGUGGACACAGGAGUAAAUCUGAGGCAGAGACGGAGCGCGGCUGACGUCAUGCAAACGGUCAGCAGCGGUCAGCACGCAAGCCUUACACACCAACACCGGCAUAAUGAUGAAGCUGCCGUGAUUGAGCAGAGACAGCAGUGUACAGCGCCCCCUGUGGAGAAAGAGGAGAGAGUGCAGGCUGCAGUCGUCAUACAGGCCUGUUGGAGGGGGGUCCGUCUCAGGAGGAGGCUGCGUCAUGCUCUUGCCCAGGCUCAGAGCUCUUAUCCUGGGUACGAUGAUGCCCUGGACUCUCUAGAACCUCUGGAGAUGGAGCAGUUUGAGCUUGACGAGGCGUCUCUGGACCUGGACUGGACUGUACUUUCUGAAGAUGAGUCUGAGGAGCCUCUGUGUGCUAAGACCUUCAUCAAAGCUGUCCUCACCGCCCAGCUCGCGCUCUCAGAGCUGUAG